AUGCUUGGGAUUGUGUUUGGGUUGGAGAGAUUUGAGAUGUAUACCUAUGGUAGGAAGAUCUAUGUAGAAACAGUUCACAAACCUCGUGCAUCCAUCAUGCUCAAAAGUCUGCUAAGCGCACCUAAACGCUUACAGAGAAUGCUUCUACGGAUCCAGAUGUUUGACCUGAAAGUGAACUACAAGAAAGGAUCUCAAAUGUAUGUAGCAGACACCUUGAGUCGUGCAUACUUACCUCAAUCCAAAUCCAAAGAAUCCAAUGACUCAAGUGACAUCUUCAAUGUUGAUCACAGAUCCUCUACUGAGCUGGAAACUGAAACAAUUUUAAUGAAGGAUUAUGUUAAUGUCUCAGACAAAACCUUGUCACAGAUACAGACCGCAACUCGGUCAGAUGUAAACAUGCAAAAUCUGAAGAGGAUAAUUCUGCAGGGAUGGCCUGAAAACAAACUGAACUCACCUGUUGCGGUAAGAGAUUAUUUCACAUUCCGGGAGGAAUUAUCAGAGCAAGACGACGUCAUCUUCAAGGGUGAACGUAUACUGAUUCCAAAUAACUUGCGACCAGAAACAAUGGAAAGGAUACACGCAAGUCACAUUGGUAUCCAAGGAUGUAUCAGGAGGGCUCGUGAACUCGUCUACUGGCCAAACAUGGUAAAAGACCUGACUGAUUAUAUAAGUAAAUGUGAGAUAUGCAACAGUGCACAACAAGAGCAAGGGAGAGAACCGCUCAUGAGUCAUGCAAUUCCAUCUCGCCCAUGGGAGAAGAUAGCAUGUGACCUGUUCGAAUUUGAAAAUCAUGAUUACCUACUUACAGUCGACUACGUCUCUGACUAUUUCGAAGUCGUUCGUCUUCAAGGUAAAGAUUCCAAAGAAGUGAUAGGCAAACUGAAGUAUCAACUAGCUCGUCAUGGAAUACCGGACCAGCUCAUGUCGGACAACAGACCACCUUUCAAUUCCGAAUCAUUUGCUGUGUUUGCUGAAAACUACAAAUUUGAGCAUGUCACAUCAUCACCAAGGCAUCCUCAGUCAAAUGGUAAAGUUGAAAAUGCUGUAAAAACAGUAAAGAGACUCUUGACAAAAUCCAAGCUUGCUAAAACUGACCCAUUUCUAUCUCUAUUAGAUUGGAGAAAUGUGCCUACCGAAGGUAUUGGUACGUCACCAGUUCAAAUGCUGUAUGGUAGGAGAACUAAGACACUUCUUCCAACAUCACCUAAAUUGCUGAAAUCAAGAAAAGGUGAAAAUGAAAAAUUAAAAUUGCUGAAAAGAAAAGUAAAGCAAGCAAAAUACUACAAUAGAUCUGCACAUCCACUGCGCAUGUUAAAGACAGGUGAAACAGUGAGAGUUCAGCCCUACAACAUUAACAGUGGAAAAAAGCAUCUGUCGAGGAACAACUGGGAGAGAGAUCAUAUGAAGUGA